ACAUUCAAGACACCAUUGUUUCUCACUCGAUGCUUCCGAAAAUCCUUUGUGGGAUCCACUAUCCAAGAGAUAACAGCUUUAUCUGCCUACUUGUCCCUUAUUUUUUUUCUUUUUUAUAACUACUAUAUUUUUGGCCUAUAAAAAUCAGCUUUAAUCACUCCAAGCUUCGAAAACCCAGAAACAGAAGAGAAAAUAGACAAACUCUCUUCUCCUGUCGUUGACUUGUUUCCCAGCUUUCAUUUUCUUCAUCGAUGGAAGGAGGAGCAGGUGGGUCCGUCACGUGCGGCUCAUGGAUCCGGCGACCCGAAAACGUCAUCUUUGUCGUGUUGGGCCGCUCCAUGACCCCACCCGGCUCUGCUCCCUCUUCUUCUUCUGUCAUCGAGAUUUUCUCUUUUGAUCCCAAGACCACUUCUCUCUCUUCAUCUCCAUUGGCUAGACAUGAGCUUGAAGAAAGUGAUGGUAAUCCAAUAACCAUUGCAGUGCACCCAAGUGGAGAUGAUUUUGUCUGCUCUACCACUAAUGGAGGCUGCAAAUUGUUCGAAUUGUAUGGUCAGGAAAAAAAUUUAAAGCUGUUUGCCAAAGAAUUACCUCCAUUCGGAGAUGCUGGUCCACAGAAAUGCCUAGCUUUCAGUGUUGAUGGUUCUAGAUUUGCCACUGGUGGGGUGGAUGGGCAUCUUAGAAUCUUGGAAUGGCCAAGUCUUCGCAUCAUUGUAGAUGAAGUAAGAGCGCAUAAAUCCUUUCGGGAUAUGGAUUUUAGCCUAGAUUCGGAGUUCUUAGCUUCAACAUCUACUGAUGGUUCAGCAAGAAUAUGGAAGACAGAAGAUGGUGUGCCUUUGACAACUUUAGCUCGCAACUCGGAUGAAAAGAUCGAAUUAUGUCGGUUCUCCAAGGAUGGGACAAAACCAUUUUUGUUUUGUACUGUUCAAAAGGGUGAUAAAGCACUUACUGCAGUUUAUGACAUCAGUACGUGGAAUAAAAUUGGACAUAAGAGGUUACUCAGAAAGCCUGCUUCUGUUUUAUCUGUUAGCCUGGAUGGCAAAUAUCUUGCUCUCGGAAGCAAAGAUGGAGACAUCUGUGUGGUUGAUGUAAAGAAAAUGGAGAUCAGCCAUUGGAGCAAGAGGCUACACCUGGGUGCAUCCAUUUCAUUGUUAGAGUUCUGUCCUGGUCAAAGGGUUGUGCUUACAACUUCUAGUCAAUGGGGAGCUAUGGUAACAAAAUUAAAUGUUCCUGCAGACUGGAAAGAGUGGCAGAUUUAUUUGCUGCUUGUAGGACUAUUUUUGGCAUCAGCAGUUGCAUUUUACAUAUUCUUCAAGAAUUCUGAUUCAUUUUGGAACUUCCCUCUUACAAGACAACAACAAAGACCAAAGAUGGAUUCAUUUUUAGGGGAUGCACAGUCGGAGGAUCAAAAUGCAUUUGGACCUUUAGAUAUGUGAGCAUGUACUUGAUCCAAUCAAUUUGGAAAUAGCGUCAAAGUACAAAUAAUUGGUAUUGCAGUUUUGGUACGCACUAGUCAUUGAAUCUACAUAUUGUACUGUAUAUGCAGCUCUCAUACUUCAAAUAACUGGAAAAUGUUAACAUGAUAAAGACUGCUCUUCUAAGAGGGUGCAAAGGAACUUGCUUGUUUUCUA